UUACGAUCGCUCUGACUCCCCCGCAGCCCGGCUGCUUGUUUUCCUGAGUUGAUGAGCUGCAGCAUAGGAGUCAGAAGCAGAGACAGUGACAGCAUCAGGCCUGGAGCAUCACUCAUAUUUCUAGAAAUUUGUCAGACGCUGUAUUUCUUUCAGCACUCAAUGCUAGGGGAAGAUGAAAGAUCUAGAUCUAGGAGUGGAAUAUGUCAUACCCAGUCUGGGUUACAGAAAUGUUCGGGAACAAAACAAUCAAGAUGAGAAAAAGGAGUCUGAGGAUUUCAAAUACCAGAAAGCAAAACUCAAGAAUGUGGAUUGUCAAGAUGCUCUGGAGACUGCUGCCCGAGUAGAGGGUCUUCCUCUGGACAUCUCCAUACAUUCUCAUUUGCGGAUCCUUGAUGAGGAUCACCACAAAGGCAAAUACCACCAUGGUCUGAACUUGCUAAAACCUAUCCGGUGGACUUCCAAACACCAGCACCCAGUGGACAAUGCCGGGCUUUUCUCCUUCAUGACUUUCUCCUGGCUGACUCCCUUGGCGCGGAUAGCUUACAAGAAAGGAGAAUUGUUUUUAGAAGAUAUUUGGCCAUUGUCGAAACAUGAAUCUUCUGACGUUAACUGCAGACGCUUGGAGAAGCUGUGGGUGGAGGAGCUGGCGGAGCAUGGUGCGAGUGAGUCCUCUCUUUGCGGUGUUGUGUGGAAGUUCUGUCGCACCAGGCUCAUUAUCUCAAUCUUGUGCCUGAUGCUCACUCAGCUGGCGGGUUUCCUUGGUCCAGCGUUUGUAGUGAAAAGCCUCUUGGAGUACACGCAACAGAAAGCUUCGAAUACUGGGUACAGCCUGCUAUUAGUUUUUGGGCUACUUAUUACUGAAAUGGUUCGUUCCUGGUCUCUGGCACUCACCUGGGCGUUAAAUUACCGGACUGGUUCCCGACUUCGAGGGGCAAUAUUGACCAUGGCCUUCAAGAAGAUCUUGAAACUGAAGAACAUAAAAGAAAAAUCUAUGGGGGAGCUUAUAAAUGUGUGCUCUAGUGAUGGUCAGCGAAUGUUCGAAGCUGCUGCAGUUGGUAGUCUGCUGGCUGGAGGACCCAUCAUUGCUGUUUUAGGAAUGAUUUAUAAUGUUUUUAUACUGGGUCCCACUGGCUUUCUGGGUUCUGCCAUCUUCAUCCUCUUUUACCCAGCUAUGAUGUUUGUAUCCAGACUUACUGCCUAUUUCAGAAGAAAAUGUGUGUGUGUCACAGACGACCGUGUACAAAAGAUGAACGAAAUUCUGAACUACAUUAAAUUUAUAAAAAUGUACGCCUGGGUAAAGGCUUUCUCUCAAGAUGUGCAGAAAAUUCGUGAGACUGAGCAAAACAUCCUGGAAAAAGCAGGAUAUUUCCAGAGCAUAACUGUAGGAAUUGCUCCAAUUGUUGUUGUGAUUGCCAGUGUUGUGACCUUUUCCGUUCACAUGAUCCUAGGAUAUGACCUUACUGCUGCGCAAGCUUUCACAGUUGUCACAGUCUUCAACUCCAUGACCUUUGCCCUAAAAGUGACACCAUUCUCUGUGAAGUCUCUGUCAGAGGCUUCUGUCUCCAUGGAACGGUUUAAGAGUUUAUUUCUAAUGGAAGAGGUUCACAUGGUAAAGAGAAAGCCAUCCAGCCCUAACAUCACCAUACAACUGAAAAAUGCAACCUUGGCGUGGGAUUCUUCCCAUGCCAGUACCCAGUGCUCUCCAAAGGCCACCCCCAAACUGAAAAAAGAAAAGGGUGCUAAGGGGAAGAAAGAGAAAGCUAACCUACAGAAUGAUGGCGUACAGGCAGUUCUAGCUGAGCAAAAAGGACAUCUGCUGGACAGUGAUGAGCAUCUAAGCCCUGAUGAAGAGUGCAAAGACAUUCACCUAUCAAAUGUGAGACUGCAGAGGACCCUGUACAACAUUGAUCUAGAUAUAGAAAAGGGAAAGUUAAUUGGAAUAUGUGGCAGUGUUGGAAGUGGGAAAACCUCAUUGAUUUCUGCCAUCCUUGGCCAGAUGACUUUGCUGGAGGGCAGUGUUGCUGUCAGUGGUACUUUUGGUUAUGUUGCUCAGCAGGCAUGGAUUCUAAAUGCAACAUUCAGGGACAAUAUCCUUUUUGGGAAGGAGUUUGAAGAGGAAAGAUACAAUAAUGUGCUGACUGUUUGUUGCCUCAGACCAGAUUUGGCCAUACUUCCCAACAGUGACCUUACAGAGAUUGGAGAGCGUGGAGCAAAUCUGAGUGGAGGCCAGAGGCAGAGGAUAAGCUUGGCUCGUGCUUUAUACAGUGACAAUGAUAUUUACAUACUGGAUGAUCCUCUCAGUGCCUUAGAUGCCCAUGUGGGCAACCAUAUCUUCAACGGUGCCAUCAGAAAGCACUUGAAGACUAAAACCAUUCUGUUUAUCACCCACCAACUACAGUACCUUGUGGACUGUGACGAAGUGAUGUACAUGAAGGAAGGCUGUAUCACAGAAAGAGGAAAUCAUGAGGACCUCCUCAAGCUCAAUGGGGAGUAUGCUGCUACUUUUAAUAAUUUCCAGCUUGGAGAGAAUCCUCACUUUGAGAUUAGUAUGAAAAAGAAUGUGAGCAGCUCACUGAAGAAACCUCUAGAGAAAAGUACCAAGUUGGGGUCUGUGAAGAAGGAAAAAGCUCUGAAAAAGGAAGAUGGUCAGCUCAUUCAGCUAGAGGAGAAAGGCAAAGGGUCAGUUCCUUGGUCAGUGUAUGGCGUUUACAUUCAGGCAGCUGGAGGACCAUGUGCGUUCCUGGUCAUCAUGAUGCUUUUUGUGCUCAAUGUGGGAAGCACUGCUUUCAGCAACUGGUGGCUCAGCUACUGGAUCAAGCAAGGCAGUGGGAAUACAACUGUGCUGCUGCAUAAUGAGACCGUAAUAAGUAAUAGUAUGAAAGAUAAUCCUGACAUGCUUUACUACACCGGGAUCUAUGCCCUCUCCAUGCUUGUGAUGCUUAUUCUCAAAGCUGUACGCGGUGUUGUCUUUGUCAAGGGAACAUUACGUGCUGCCUCAAAACUCCAUGAUGACCUUUUUAGACGCAUACUUAGGAGCCCAAUGAAAUUCUUCGACACAACACCCACUGGACGUGUCCUGAACCGGUUUUCUAAAGACAUGGAUGAGGUUGAUGUUCGUCUACCCUUCCAAGCUGAAAUGUUUGUACAGAACGUAAUCCUUGUCUUCUUCUGCCUGGGGGUCAUUGCUGGUGUGUUCCCAUGGUUUCUGGUGGCUGUCGGACCAUUAGUUGUCCUGUUCACUAUUCUACACGUGGUGUCCAGGGUUUUCAUCCGAGAGUUGAAGCGGCUAGAUAAUAUCACACAGUCUCCUUUCUUGUCACACAUAACAUCCAGUAUCCAAGGGCUAUCCACUAUUCAUGCCUACAACAAAGGACAUGAGUUUUUACACAGGUAUCAGGAGCUCCUAGAUAAUAACCAGGCUCCAUUUUACUUAUUUAACUGCGCCAUGCGUUGGCUGGCAAUUCGCUUGGAUGUCAUCAGUGUGUCCCUGAUCAGUACUACAGGCCUUAUGAUUAUAUUAAUGCAUGGGAAGAUCUCACCAGCUUAUGCCGGGCUUGCCAUGUCUUAUGCUGUUCAGCUCACAGGACUGUUUCAGUUUACCGUUAGGCUGGCAUCUGAGACCGAAGCCCGUUUUACAUCAGUAGAACGUAUCAGUCAUUACAUAAAGACUCUGGCUCUCGAGGCUCCUGCUCGAAUUAAGAACAAAGCUCCCCCAGCAGACUGGCCUCAGGAAGGUGAAAUUCGCUUUGAAAGUGCAGAAAUGAGAUAUAGAGAGAAUCUGCCAUUGGUCCUAAAGAAAGUGUCAUUCACCAUAAAACCAAAGGAGAAGAUUGGAAUUGUUGGUAGGACUGGAUCAGGAAAGACCUCCCUCGGUAUUGCACUUUUCCGUUUGGUGGAGCUUUCUGGAGGCUGUAUAAAAAUUGAUGGUGUAAAAAUCAGCGACAUUGGCCUAGCAGAUUUAAGGAGCAAGCUUUCCAUCAUCCCUCAGGAGCCUGUCUUGUUUAUUGGCACUGUACGAUCCAACCUUGAUCCCUUUAAUCAGUUCAGUGAAGAACAAAUCUGGGAUGCCCUUGAGAGAACACACAUGAAAGAAUGUAUUGCACAACUACCUCUUAAGCUAGAAACUGAAGUGGUGGAGAAUGGAGAGAACUUUUCAGUGGGGGAGCGUCAACUGCUGUGCAUUGCCAGAGUUUUAUUACGACGAUGCAAGGUUUUGAUCUUAGAUGAGGCCACAGCAGCUAUGGAUACAGAGACUGACAAUUUAAUCCAGGAAACUAUAAGAGAGGCAUUUGCAGACUGCACAAUGCUUACUAUUGCCCACCGCCUUCACACUGUACUUGGAUCUGACCGUAUUAUGGUGCUGACACAAGGCCAGGUAACGGAGUUUGACACACCAUCUGUCCUACUAUCCAAUGAGAACACACGAUUCUAUUCCAUGUUUGCUGCAGCAGAUAACAAGCUUACCGUUAAGGGCUGAACUCAGUCGUCCUAGCUGGACCCUUCCCCACGGUGGCUUUGCGCUGCUUCUCAUUCCCUGCCUGUGGCAGGCACACUCUAUUUCUCUCUCAUAAGUUUCAUAACUAUAAAAUUCUGGUAUAUUUUGCCUUUUUUUCAUUUCCUUUUCAUUCUUUUCUUUUUAGUAUAUUUUUAUUUUGUUUUUCGCACAAACCAAUUUCAGGACUGAUUUAGGUAUUUUUUUAACUGUUUAAGAGAAUAUUCAUGUUCUAUUGUAUUUAUUCCUAUUACUAAAGGUAAAAAAAAAAAAAAAAAAAAAAUGCGUUUUCAAUAUGAAAUGCACUAAAAAUUAAAAAUGGUUCAGGUAACCAUAAUUCUGUAUGUAGCUGGCUUAGAAUGGAGCUUACUACAUGCAGCUGUGUACAUAGGCUAUAUUUACUGUGAAAAUGUAAGCUGGUUUAUUUUAUAUUAAAAUGAGCACUGGGUUGACGAAUAA